AUGCUGGCCGCCUCCUCAAAACAGUCCGCGCUGGCUGUCACUAAAACAUUGACCGUUGAACCGGGUGUGACAAGAGACGGGGACACAAACUUUCUGAGCUCAUGGUUUCUUAAGGGCAGCUCCACCACCUUUUGCAACUUCUGGUCCCGAGCCAGCUCUGGCUUCCUGUUCUGCGCGCAAGAAAUGUCGGAUAACCCAUGGGCACCUUCGGGAAACUACGCCACCGGCCGAGUUCUCUUCUUGCUCGGGCACAUGCAAAGGCCAGGAUAUGAUCUGUUUUCUUCAGAGUUCACCGAGGACAUGCGAGAAUUGUACUACUCCAACCUACUUCAAAAGCCCUUGCAAGAGGGGGAGCCAAUCCGGGGACUCUCGACGUCCUUUGGGAGGGCCUGGUGGAUCAACAAGAAACUCAAGCAGAUUCUGAAAGAUUUGGAGGAGAAGUUCGGAAAGACACCCGAAGAGGCCCUCAGAAUUGUGCAAGAAUGGAUUGCGAUCCAACAAGUGCACUCAUACGCCAUGAGCGUAGACGCAACGGGAGCGCGGUUUGAGCCCGCUGCCUUGAAAAGAACCAUGGGCUACUCUCUAGCUUUGGCAGAGAAAGCCAUCGAGCGGGGGGUAUUGGUUGUGGUGCUUGCGCGGUGGUCCCACUGGGACAAGGUCCUCACCUUGUCAAGAAGGCCUAACCUGAGGUUGAUUCGGUUGACGCACAAAUCCACGCAGCGCGGGAUCCCGAACAUCGCGGAGAAGGCCAUCGAUCCAGAAACAAGUACUGCGACGUACAAUGAUCUCUUAGUUGCACUAUGCGGAGGCCCAGACGCAGCCCCAAACAGGAUUCCGUCAAGCCCGCCAACGAAAAGGCGGAGAGAGUCGGUAGAUGGACCUAGGACGCCGGAAAGAGAUGGGCCGGGGAGGGGAGCGGAGGGAUCCGAGAAGAAGGGCAAGGGAAAAGAAAGGUCUUUGAAAGAAGUGUAUCGGCGGUCCAGCAGUGUGACUUGUGACGCACCAUGCGUCAAGUCGGGGGCAGAGAUCGGCGCCGAGCCAGCCGCUAAAAAGCAGAAGGUGUCAGUAGACGCACCUGGGACGCCGGCAAGGGACGGGCCAGAGCGCGCAGCGGAAGGCCUUGAGACGAAGGGCCAGGCGUCUCCAGCGGCGGCCGCGACAGCUGCAGAGGCGGAGAGGAAGCCCAAGGCCGAAGCUGAGGAGGCCCCACGAUUGGCAACCGUCGGAGCCGCUCGGAUCGCACCCACAGCGGAAGUCAGCGAACAAAAACCGUUGACCUUGGAAGAAGCCGUUGAGUUGGCGGUACGGAAUCGGUUAGCUGUGGUCGAAGAGGAGCACGCAAAACGAGAGAAGGAGCUGUUGGACCGGAUUGCACAGCUCGAAGCGGCGCAAGCUAAGCCGUCGGGCGACGGGGUGAAACAAGAGCCGGGCGCCCGGUUGAAGACAGAAACUUGACGACCAGCGCAGAUUCCGGGUCGAGAGGUUUAUCACUGGCUACAACCUUGAUGCAGAAGACUGUCCUGCACUUUUUUACAGGAAGCCGCUUCAUGAAGCGGCUGAGCCUUUGGGAAGAGGUGCGGUGGAUGUAAAUUCACUCUUGUCUUUGCAUGUAUGAUGCCAGGUUAGUACAACGUGCGGUCAGUCACUUUAGGAGUACGGAGACUUCCAAACUCUUUUGGAUCCGCAACUCGUAUAUCCGCAAAUGGAUCUGUGAUCGAUAUCGCGCAUAUUUACACAUGGCAGAUUCUGG